AUGAUAAAUUCAUUGACUCGAGCUCUGUCCUGCCGUCGCCUGGCGGGCCAUGGUGGUCAGCGUCUCAGCUGGCCAGCAGCAGGCUUUGCUGCCACUAUAGUCGGCCAGCAGCGGUUUCUUUCCGCCCUGCCUGGUGGUUGCUUGGAAAGUUACCUGAAGCUGAAAGCUUCAGGCGACAUCCAGACAGACCACCGGCAGCAAGAGUGCAUGCAAAUGCUGGAUGGCUUAGCGGAGAACUUGCAGAGCUACUCGCCUAAAAUGGCAAGAGCUCCCAAGCCCACGCAGCUGCCGAGCACAUCCACAAGCUUUUUGGGAAGCAUUUUUGGAGCCAAGGCCAAAGCAGCCAAGGCUCCUCCACCCAAGGCAGCCAUAUCAAAGCCCGCAUCCGGCCAGAGAGGGCUGUACCUGUGGGGAGGCACCGGCACGGGUAAGACCUUCAUGAUGAACAUGUUCUACGAAAAGAUCAACAUUAAGGAGAAGAAGCGGGUCCACUUCCACGAGUGGAUGAUAGAAGUUCAUGAACGUUUGCACCAGAAGAAGAAUCACAAGACGAGCCGGGACAACACUGCCGACGAUUUGGUGGAACAGGUGGCAAUGGACAUGAUUAGGGAGGGCUGGCUCCUUUGCUUCGACGAGUUUCAGGUGACACACAUUAGCGAUGCUAUCAUCAUGAAGCGCAUCUUUUCGGUGCUCUUCGAGCUAGGGGCCGUCGUCGUGGCAACUUCCAACCGUCCUCCACAGGACUUGUACCUGAACGGUCUCAAUCGCCCUCUUUUCUUGCCCUUUAUUCCCAUGCUGGAAGACUUUUGCAAAGUGCAUGACAUCGGCGCAGAGGUUGACUACCGAAUGACUUCCACGCACGAUGAGGAAGAUGACCGAGUUUACAUUACACCGAAUGGACCUGCCGAGCAAAAAAUCCUGGAGCAUAAGUUUGCCAAGAUAUGCCAGGGGAAGUUCCGUGCUGGCACGCAGGUGGAGUCCCAGGGUCGCAAGAUCAUUGUGCCCCGCUGUGCAGAAACCUCGGAAGCAGCUUUCUUCGACUUUGAAGACCUGUGCAACAAGCCCCUAGGGGCAGCAGACUAUCUCGCCAUCGGGCGAGCUUUUCGCAUGGUGUUCCUUGCAAACAUCCCCAAAUUGACGAUUCAAGAGCGCGAUCAAGUUCGACGUUUCAUCACCCUUAUCGACUCUCUUUAUGAGUGUCGUACCAAAGUGGUCUGCACAGCAGAGCUCGAUCCGAUCCCCUUGUUCUACGUCUCUGAGGAGGAGCGAAAGACCUCAACUGCAGAUGAGAUUUUCGCUUGGGAUCGGACCGCCUCGCGACUCAUGGAGAUGCGCUCUGCCGGAUACAUGCGCAGCUGA